CUGGUCAUUUAACACAUUGCAGCAAAUACAUUACUGUCAUGUGAUGUCACUGUAAAAUUUAGAGCUAUUUUGUCAUGCCUAUGACAUCAGAGUUUUGGGCUGUCAGCAGGACACACGUUUCAUAUACUGUCCUGUAACCCAAUGAACUAACAUCAUAAUUAAUUGAUUCCCAUGUCUACAUACCAGGGAUCGCCUAUUAUUCAUUCAUUUUAUAGGAAAGGCUUUAGAGACAGUUAAGUAAGUCUCGUUUAUUAGAGCAGGCAGCAAUUACAGAUAAGUAUAUAUCAGAGUGUCCCAUUUCCCUGAGGGAUAAUGCAGGGUCACAAGAUGCUAACCCACUUCACUCUGUUACAAUCCAUUCUGUACAUGCUGAGAACCAGAACCAAUUCCAGUCCUGGAGUGCCAUUCCUUAGAGGUUUAAUGAGUUGAACUAAACAAUCUCUAACAUGGAUUUCAAUUUUGAACACAAACUAAGAAGAAGAAGAAGAAGAAGAAGAAGAAGAAGAAGAAGAAGAAGAAGAAGAAGAAGAAGAAGAAGAAGAAGAAGAAGAAACAAUUCAAUUUGAUAGAUCACCAGUUUUCUGUUUUCCCAUUCUGGUUUGUGCAGUACAGUGUGGUUAUAUUGUAUUAUAUUGCAUAUUUUAGAACAGAUUUUUUCCAGUGGAAAUACACGUUUGGGAAUUAAAAGCAGUGAUUCCCGUAGCCUCCUGCUGUACACCCCUGCAAGGAGCAGUAAAUGGUUUCUAGGUGCAGUUGGAGGGUUAAUAGCAACACUGUUAUUCAUUGCCUGUGCGUCACAGUCUCAGAACAAAGGAGCCCCUGCCACAAUUCCACGCCCAGGACUACGUGUUCCGUUCUUUAAACUGUGCAUGCCAUCGGUUCAUCUGAACACCAAAACAUCCAAAAGCAUCCACCUCUUAAUAAACACGCUUCCCUAAUUUGAAGAUCGCACAAGUCAAGGUGACUAUUGGCUUUAGUCUAUUAUAACACACAAAGCCAGCUUGUCGGCUUUUUUUUUUUUUUUUGCGAGCACUGGGUAACUUUAUAAGUGUGAUUGAUCUUUAUAUUUAGAAUUCAGGACUUUGUACUGUUUCAUGACAAAUAAAAAAUAGUAAUCUUACCAGCCCAGUUACAGCAUCGCAAUCAGCGCCAAAGUUCAUUUAGGAACACAGAAGCAUUUGGUACUGAAAUUAACAGUUUCUUGUUUCUUUCACACACACACAAACACACUCCUUUUUGUAACCUGACCUAAAUGUCUCACAAAAUCCACCACACUCACCAUAGUUUACUCUGUUUAUUGCUAUGCUUUACCAUUUCUCUCUAGGCUUUACAAUGCUUUCACUAAGCUUUAUUGCACUGUGCUGUGCUUUUGCUGUGGGGCGCAUGUACGCGCACACACACGCACACACACACACACACACACGGCUCAGUGUUGGAGGUUGUUAGUUUUGUGUGGAGGCUGGCUUUGUGUUAUUUGAAGGUCUGUUCAUGAUGCUUAUCAGCCGCAUCAGGCCCCCGCCUGUUUCCUCUCUGGGUUUGUUAUCUUGUUUCCUACCUCCUGACUCAGCAGUGAUUACAGGAAAAAAAAAACCCUCACCUUUCAGAGCACUACAAAUAGCCAAGGAACCCAGUAUGGCCUAGAGCAGGCAUGGGCAACUCCUGGAAGGGCUUUCUGCUGGUUACAAGGUGUGAAACAAGCAGAGAACUGCUUUAAAAUCUGGUUAAAUGAAAGAUUUGAGCCAGUGGUUUGAGUUGAGGGGUUGGGUUAGUGGUUAGAGCUGAGCGGUUGGGACACGGUUGGGUUAGUGGUUAGAGCUGGGGUUACCGUGUGGCUCCAUGGACACUAGGAAAGUUUGGGACAGGUCAGGCUUUUCAACUCACACCGCAAUGCAUUCUGGUAAGUGUAGUCCUGCUGUGAAAGGCACCUGAGACAGGUAAUACCAGAAUGCAUUGGGGUGUGUGUUGAAAAGCCUGAACUGCCCCUCACUGCCCUGGUGCACAUGGAGCCACAUGGUAACCCUAGUUAGAGCUGAGGAGAUCGGCCGCAUUGGGGGCCAGGGGUCAGGGAGGAAGUGUGGACUGGAGGGUAGAGCUGAAUGACUGGGCAGACGCUUUGAACUCUGUCCCUCGCCAGCCCAGCCCUUAAACUUGUUAGAAGUUCUAACCUCAAGAUGUGUCCGUGCGGAGCUCACAGGAGUUUCCCUUCGGCAGAUCGGAGUUUCCUGAUGGGUGUUUAUCACCGUCUCGUGCCUCUAUUCCACUUCCUCCCGAUGUUGUUGUUCGUUUGUGUCCUGCAUGCAUCUGCCUGGUUCAGCAGCGGCAGCAGUCAUUGUGUCUCUAAUAGAAAAGGGCAAUGAGUUACACUCAUGAGUUGCUUUAUAUGUAGGUGUUCAGUUAUUGAAAUGAAAGAUAAGAUUCAGAUAACAAGCAUGCAGGGAUUAGCAUGUAUGGCUGGCACCUGAUCAUUUGAGUAUUAUUAUCAUUAUCAUUAUGACUGCUUUAUUUAACUAGAAAUUCACAAUUCAAUUCAACCUUCUAAAAAAAACAAAACAAAAAAAAAACGCAUGACCAUCUCAUGUGAUUCAAUUGUGUAUAAUAACAAAAAAUACAAUACUGGCCAAAUUCCUUCUGCAUUAGGACUUGCUUUAAUACAUUCGUCAGUAAUGUUUCACAAUAGUUAUUUUAAUAAACAAUGCACAAAGGACUUGGGAUUUCAAUCACUUUUUAUGACCUGUCAGCCUGAAGCACAGCAUUGCAAUACCAGACUGAGAAGGAAAUAACUCACAUUUUUGUAUUUGAAGAUCGAGGUUGUGUUUUUAAUUCACUGCCUGGCUAGAUUAAUAGGAUUGAUUUGGUAUUGCCCCUGGGGUGGGGCAUGUUCUCCUGGUAGUCCCUGGAUCUCUUGAUUACUCUGGAAGGCUGAAGUUUAGGAUCACGUCUACCCAAGUGUUCUGCGCUUGUACUCUGAUGGCUAGUUUAUAGCUACUUUUCAAUGCACCCAUCCACUGUGUCAGGAUUGAGCGCUAAUUUCUUGAGGCGCAUCUUCCAUGGCAACCGCAAUUCCAGGAUCUUAAUCCUGUCGAGCAUGUGCGGGAUGAACUUGAACGGUUCAUUUCUCAUCACGGUCCUCUGCCUGUCUCUCUGCACAAAUUGCAAGCAAUGCUAAUGAGCUCAAUGUUAACAUCCCUUGAAAUUCCUUCUUGUUUGUGUCACAUCGUGUCAGGGCUGUGAUCAGGGCAAACAGUGGCCCAACCCAAUGUUAGGUAGAGGUCCUGUGACCAAGCAGAGAACUAAACCAGCGCCAAGGCGGGGUCACAUUAUUAGUUACUGAGCUGAACUCCUUGCAAAAGCUGUAAGAUGUGCCAAAGAAAAAUAAAGGUCAUUGCAAUUAAAACUGCUGUUUCACAGUUUUUGCAUAGAUGUUGUUCAGAUCUUUCUUUAAAGCUGAUCCAGUGAUCAUGGCUACUUUGUUAAUUAAUACACGGUACUUGUUUUAGCUUGUCAGUCACAAUCAGAACUAAUCUUCACCUCUUGUUUUAAGGAGCAGUAAUUAAUUCAUCACACAUAUUUUAGGGUGAAACUCCAUUCAUUGUUCAGCUGGUAGAAAGUUCACAUGAUGAAUGGGGAAAAUCUUGAGCUGAAUUAACAUCAAAAAGAAGACAUUUUGAUGGCAUUUUGAUUAAUGCAUCGACCCCGCUCAGUCAAUAUUCCUGUCUAAAAUGCAAUCUAAUAAAGAUUCUAAACAGCCUUCUUUUGUCUGUGGGCAGGUUAUUAAUUACCCUGAAUAAUUAGUGUGCUAGUCAUAGCAUCGCAUUCCUGCACCCAUUUCAAAGAGCUUGGCAGUGCCCAGCAAAGAGGCCAAGCAACAGGGUGGUUAAUGAGUGACCAGGGGCUGGGGGUUUGGCAGCUCAAGGCUACGUCCAGCCGGCUGGAACCUGCGGGGGCAGGAAAGGGUCAGCAGAGAAAUAUUUGAAUGUUUAACCCUUUAACUGCUUUUACUUUUUCUAUUAAAUAUACACUGUUAAAAUGUCAUGUGAAGUCUGGCAGUUCAAGGGUUAACUCUCAGCCUCCCCAGAGUUCUGAUUGAUUGUUGCGUCACUGAGGUUCUGCGCAGCAGGUAAGGCUAACUCAGGAGAGCGCGAGAGAGAGAGUUAUAGAGAGAGCGAGAGAGGGAGAGAGGGAGCGAGAGAGAGGGCACACAGCAAAGGAUGUGGUACUGAGUGUUUGAGCUGCCUGGGAGCCAUACAGCACGUUCUUCGAGGCUGAAAACUGAUGUUGUUCAUCCCCUCUGGAGAAGCGCUGGAGAGUGGGGAUGUGAGAGGGGAUGCAGGAGGUGACGAGUCCAGUGUCCUGGUAGCCGUCAGGGUGAGGCCUCUUAACAGCACGGAGCUCAGUCAAGGGGACCAGGGAGUACUGUACUGCCCUGGCCAGCGGACCAUACUGGUGAACAAGGGAGCGCAGGAACGGGCCUUCACCUUUGACACGGUUUUCGAAGCCGGGUGUUCGCAGCACGAGGUCUUCGAGCAGUGCGGGGUGAAGAAGCUCAUCGACCUCGCCGCUGACGGGUUCUCUUGCACAGUCCUUGGUUUCGGGCAGACAGGCUCUGGAAAGACUUACACAAUAACGGGGCCUCACUGCCUGUUCUCGGCCAGCCUGAGGGACCGCAGUUUCUACGGUCUGAUGCAGAGAUCGUUCGCCUAUCUCCUGGACAGGGUGCAGGCUGAGGAGGGUGACUUCGUGCUCAGUGCCUCUUACCUGGAGAUCUACAAUGAGCAGGUACGAGAUCUCUUAAACCCUGGCCUGACCGACUCGCUGAGCGUCCGCUGGAGCAAAAACGCCGGCUUCUAUGUGGAGAACCUGUCCAACGUGGAGUUCGAGAGCCUCGACAGCGUCAUGGCACUGCUGGAGGGAGGUAUUGGGAGCAGGCAGACCUCCGCUCACUCCCAGAACCAGCAGUCGAGCCGCAGCCACUCAAUCUUCACCGUCUACAUCGAGAGCGAGGCGCAGGCUGAUGGAAGCGGGGGAUACCUGGCCAGACACGGCAAGCUUUGCAUGGUGGACCUGGCAGGGAGUGAGCGGGUGAAGGAGACGGGCUCCUCUGGGGAGCUGAUGGAGGAGGCGGGAAACAUCAACCGCAGCCUCCUCACUUUGGGGAACUGCAUCUCGGCCCUCGUGGACUCCCGAAAAAGGGAGGGGCACGUCCCCUACCGGGACAGCAAGCUCACCAAGCUGCUAGCUGAUUCGCUGGGAGGGUCCGGGGUUACACUCAUGAUUGCCUGCAUCUCCCCGGCAACCGUGAGCCUGCAGGAGACCAUGAACACGCUACGGUACGCCAGCAGGGCCAAAAGGAUCAAGAACAGACCUGUGGCUAAACGAGACUUGAAAGAGAGGCUGGUGAUCAGUCUGGAGAGAGAAAUCAAGUUCCUGCGGACGCAGAACCUGUUUCUACGGCAACAGCUCCAACUUCCUGUGGCCAGCAGGAAGCACUGGCCGGAAAACGGAGAAACUGGCAGCAUCUGCAGCAGCGAGCAUGGGGGAGUGGAGCCGGGCGAGGCCCUGAAGAGAGUCCCUCCCUUCCUCGAGCACAGCCUGUUCGACCUGCUGCAGGAGUUCAUGAGGGAGAACGACUCCCUGAGGCAGGAGAGGAGCGCUCUGCUCAGCAGUCAGGAGAGCUCCAGACAGACAAGGAAGAUCCUCUCACAAGAGAACGGGAGGCUGAUGCGCAAACUGGGGGACCUCGAGAGGGUGAUCUCUUCCUCCCCACUGACUAGUAGCAUCCAAUCAGGCCACUCCACUGAGAGCAUGAGCAGCUGCAGCAGUGGCCAGUGCUCUCACUUCUCCUCCCCUCUGCACAGACAUGAUCAGUGUGUCUUUCAGAAGCAAGUUGCAGUCUAUCCCUGUCACCCUGGCCAUCACUGCCAUGGCUGUGCCUCUGACAGCUCUUUACAGGCCUUAUACCCGGCGGAGUGGUACGCCAGACCCCGCCCCUUUGUGUUUGUGGAAGACCCCGCCCCUCUGAAUCCCCUCCCACAUGAUCAACUAGACCCGCCCAGGGGAAGGGCUAGCCUGACCGACCAGCACAGACAGGUCGAGCUGCCACCAAUUGAAUUCUUCAUCCCCGAAGACAAAGCAAAGCACCCUCCUGAUCCCCAGGGAGGCUUGCAGCAGCUCCGGCCUGCACUGAGUCAACAGCAGAGUGUGGAAGCCAUCCUGCCCCGGAGGAAAAAGAGCCAGGCAGCAAGUGGCAGCUAUGCAAACCGCUUUCAGCUCAUGAAGGAGACUUGGACCCAGCCAGGCCGCACCCCUCCCCAGAGAUCACAGGACAGGGUGCUGCCCUCAGCCCCCCCGCUCCCCAGCCCCCCUCACCUGGAGACGGCAGCGCUGCAGCCCAGGGGCAGCAGGGCAAAAGCAGAGCCUUCCCUACACAGACAGCGCGAGGAGUUCACAGCACAGGUCAAGAAGGAACACCCUCGUCACAUGAGCAGGGAGCACGAGCGCCAUGGCAACGCAGAGAGACGGCAGCCUGACAGGACCAAACACCCGUCCUGAGAACAGGCCUGCAGCAGAUCUCCCAGCUGUCGCUGUUUUCCCUUUUUUUGCAGGGACUCCCAAUUGUAAACUGGAAUUCUCCAAAUAAAGACACAGCUAUCCA